AAGGGAGGGAGGGAGACAGGAACAUCUGGGGUAGCUCCAGUCCAGUCUUUCUGCUUUAACCCCACCCACAGGCGCAUUUCUCAACACUGCGCUCCCCUACCUGCCGAGGGAACCCAAAAUCUGUGCGUUAAAGGACUAAAACGACACCGAAGCGGAAAGAAAUAUAUAUCAUCGCGUGUCCGUCGACUCACGAUGGACUGAUACUUAUUUUGGUUUGAAGAUAAACUACAACCAGCAAGAGAGGAACUCCAGACAAGACGUAUUUGACUGCCAGCCAAGGACAUGGACUGGAAGACUUUCCAAGCCCUGCUCAGCGGGGUGAACAAAUACUCCACUGCGUUUGGGCGGGUAUGGCUGUCUGUGGUGUUUGUGUUCAGGGUGAUGGUGUACGUGGUGGCAGCGGAGCGUGUGUGGGGUGACGAGCAGAAGGACUUUGACUGCAAUACAAAGCAGCCUGGCUGUGCCAACGUCUGCUACGACCACUUCUUCCCCAUCUCCCACAUCCGCCUGUGGGCCCUGCAGCUCAUCUUCGUCACCUGCCCGUCCUUCAUGGUGGUGAUGCACGUGGCGUACCGCGAUGAUCGCGAGCGCAAGCACAGGGCGAAGCAUGGGGAAAACAGCAAGCUGUACAACAACACGGGCAAGAAGCACGGCGGCUUGUGGUGGACCUAUCUGAUCAGCCUCUUUGUAAAGACGGGCAUUGAGGUCUCCUUCCUCUACAUCCUGCAUCGCGUCUACGACAGCUUCUACCUGCCGAGGCUGGUCAAGUGCAGUGUGGAUCCUUGUCCCAACCUGGUGGACUGCUACAUCGGCCACCCCACUGAGAAGAAGGUCUUCACCUAUUUCAUGGUGGGAGCGUCGGCCCUCUGCAUCAUCCUAAACAUCUGUGAGAUCAUUUAUCUCAUCUCCAAACGCAUUGUGCGAUGCGCCAACAAGGUCAAGAGGCGCAAUCGCAACAUGGCCGUGCAUCAUGAGGACUACAGCAAGGAACCCUUUAACGAUUGUGACGUGGAUAUGUCGAAGAUGGACCUGAAGGACAAGCCUCCGUCCUUUAGGAGUGCGUUCAAGUCUUCAAACCGGCUGCAGGGACUCAAACUGGAAGAGAGGAUUCGGGCAUCUGCUCCGAACCUGUCCACUUCUUCGUGAGGCUGAAGAUCGAGAGAUGCUUGGACUCGAUGACAAACCUCAGUGAGACUCAGAACUAUGAGCCAAUUUAAAGUAUGUGUCAAACCCUGGAAGUUGAGUCAUCUGUACUGGAUUCAUCCUGUGGGCCCCUGUGUCCACAUUUCUUGGACUCUUCUGAGUUUAUGAACUUUCCAAGUCAACAUCCUCAAUAUUUACAAGUCACCUUUAGAGCCAGAUUGAUUUAAAUAUGUGUUCGUUUUUAAAUACAAUAAAGGUCUCAGUGCCUUUUAACCCAUAUCAGAACAUUCCUUUGAGGUGUCUCUGUCCUUCUUUUCAUCAGAGUUUUGACUCUGAAAGCUUCGCUCACGGAGUUAGGACACACCUGGUGGAGGUAUUCACCCUCCCUGCCAGUGUAUACAGUGGUGUGUCAGAAUGCUCUGCUGUCACUGAAUGUUUGAUGUCCAUUUCAGUGGUCUCUUUUGUUAAACUGAACUGACACAACAGCUUCACCACAAUGAAUGGUAAACAAUUCUGCCUUGUGAGUGUGGACACUCCAGAGUCAUAGAGUUAUGGCUGAGCAAUACUUGAAGGUGUGCAAACUGGCCAAUAUGUUGUUGUUUUACUGCAUUUAUUUUCUCAGAUUAAAUGUAUAAUUGGUAUAUUUCUUUAUCUUAGGCCUCGACGGACAUAGCUUGGUCUCAGGUUGCACAGUCACAUGCUGUAUAUAGACUGCCUAUGCGUUUGGACAUGCUUGUACACAAACUCGCCGAAUACAAGACCAAUGUUGAUUUAAAUAAGGCGAAAGGAAUGCUGCUGUUUAAUUUUGUGUUGGUAGAGCUGGAGCACAGAGGAGGAUGUGGAAGGAAGGACAGACAAACAGAUGGCUCAUUGAACUACUUUUUUGGUGAGUCCCUAAUCGUCCUCUGUAGACAUCACAUGGAGAUGUAUUUUAUGCACUUGUUAAAAACUUGUUAAUAAUAUCAUUUUUACAAAACUAAAUAAAUUAAAUUUAUUGAA